UAAAAACCCUCCAAAGGAACCCUUUCCCCAUAUGUCAGAACAUAUCAUUCCCAUUCACUCUCUCUCUCUCUCUCUCUCUCUCUCUCAAAAUGGCUAAUAACCAUCGUAUGGACGCAGAAGAGGAAGCAUUGUUUCGCACUUACCCAUACGCACUCUAUUUCGUACAGAGCCCAUCAACGGUCUCUCAUUCAAACAGUGCCGAUCUCCGAACCUCCAACGAAUCCGCGUUUCACUCUCCUCUUCGAUCCGAAUCCAACACCAACCCUGCCACCACUCACCCACCCCAAGACCUCUCUCGAUUCGCGCUCUCUCGCUACUCCUCCUCUCGCGGAUCCAACAAUUCCUUCUUGCAUGAGAAAAAGAUCGCCUACGAUCUUCAGAGUCAUGGGACUACUGGGACUGAGAAUGGUGAGAACCGUCUGAUUAGUGUUCAUCAUGGGGUUGAUUGUGAUCAUGAUGGUGAUGAUGAUGAUGAUGAAGAGGAGGAGGAGGAGGAUGAGGAGUAUUUUGGGAAAAAAGGGUGUUGGUGGUGGUGGAGGUACUUGUCUUUUCGUACAUCUUCUUCAUUGGUUUGGAUUACUUUACAGAUUAUUUGGAGGUUUUUGGUGAGUUUGGCGAUUGCUUUGGUUGUUUUCUACAUUGUUACAAAGCCUCCACCACCCAAUAUGUCUAUUAAGGUACGUUAAACACUCCCUGUUUGCCUUUACAAUUGGCAUAGAAUUUUUUAUUUUAUUUUAUUUAUUUAUUUUUAUCUGAGUGGAAUCUAUGGUGCUUUUUACAGCUUAUUC